AUGGAGCGCACUGCUGACACGUCCCAUUUUGUAAUGGAACCUAUUGACGCUCCGCCUUCCUCUCAUGUUUGUACCAGAAUUCAAAGCGAGGACUUUGCACAAUUCACCAGCUUUGUUGACGCUUAUCUUCGAGCUGUAGAAGACACUCACGAGGAUCGGGUGUAUCACGAUCCAUUCGCGGAGCCCUUAACGCGGCAGAUUGCAGCCCAGUUAACGCCACGCCUUCACAAGUGGCAAAAGAAUCAUCCCAACCCCGAGAAUUAUAUUGCAAUUCGUGGUCGAUACCUCGAUGAGGCGCUUGCACAGCGUAAUCCAAAUAUUCGUCAAGUUGUGCUACUUGGUGCGGGUCUUGACACACGCGUAUUUCGUCUCGAGUCUUUAAACGGGUGUCACGUACUGGAAAUCGACAACAGCGCCGAACUUUUCGAGCACAAACGAGCGGUGCUAUCAAGAUUAAAGCCCAGUCUUAUUGUCGAUCGUCACAGUUACGUCGUUGCAGAUCUUAAUGCAUUCAAUUGGGAAGAAGGUUUGCUUUCAAGUGGUUUUGACCCAUAUCUUCCAACAUUUUGGGCACUAGAAGGAAUUAUGAUGUUCUUGACCCGGGCUAGCAACCUCGCGCUUAUCAAGACCAUCGAUGUUCUGUCAGCUCCCGGCAGCGAGAUUUGGGGUGAUAUGGCGGGUAGUGGUUUAUUAGAGGACGGUGGACUUACUCUAUUCAAAGACGUGGAUGAGCUAUGCCGAAAAGAAUUGGGCGAUCAACUAUUUCAAUACGCUGAGGAUAAUGUUUUUGCAGGCGUUUUCAGCGAGCUGCUUUGGAAUAUGGAAGUGCAAGCAAGCCUCACGGAAAAAGGAAGGCAUUUUGGACGCGAAUGGAUUCCAACACUUACCCAGACAGAAAAAAGGCCUGUGAGCUUUAAUUUUGUGUUAGCUAAAAAGCCUUUAGCUGAUUAG